GAGCAGAAGCAGAGUGCAGGAGAGCUGUGCGUGAGAGCUCGCUCUGAAGCUGAAGGGAACCCUGCAGCCGGGUCGCAGAGGAAUGUGAAGCUGAUCACAGCGUGCAGUGGCUGCGCUUCUCUUCUCUGGCCGCGAGGAAGAGUAGCGUGAGGAAGAGCAGCAAGAGGAUGAGCGCCGUGAGGAAGAGUAGCGUGAGGAAGAGUGCCGUGAGGAUGAGCACCGUGAGGAAGAGUAGCGUGAGGAAGAGCAGCAAGAGGAUGAGCGCCAUGAGGAAGAGUGGAGUGAGGAAGAGUGGCAUGAGGAAGAGUGGAGUGAGGAAGAGCGGUGUGUGUUCGCGGGCAAGCGGCCGCACCACGCGCCCAUCUCUCUGUGCCACCCUGCUCCUGCUCGCCCUGUGCAGCUGCAGCCCGCUUCCGUCCGCGGCUCGGCCCGACCGCUCGGCGCCCCCCGGUGGCCCGGAGCCACAGCGCCGCGGCACCAGGGCCAAGGCCCCCGAGCCCAGCGUCCCGCCGGAGCUGGAGUUCCUGGCGGAGUUCGCGGGAAAACACCGGCUGUGGGUGAUCGCGGCGCCGUCGCACACCGACAACUACCUGCGCAUGAUGGAGAAGCAGAUCCAGGACAUGGAGCCCGAGGGGCUGAGCUGCCGGCUGGCCGAGCGGGACACCCUCAUCGUCACCAUCGUCCAGAACGCCAUGAUGGAGGGCAAGAUCCGGCGCCCGUCCUUCCAGGGGGAGCCCCGGGAGGACACCAUCGACUCGGACAUGGUGACCAAGCUCCUGCACUACCUGGACCUGGAGGAGCCGGUGUUCUCCAUGCUCAUCCUGAAGAAGAACCUGCUGGUGGGCGAGCGCUUCCCGUACCCCGUCCGCGUGGCGGCCAUUUUGGAGGUGAUCGACCAGCUGCCCGCGCGGAAGCUGGAGAAGCUGACCCGGAAGGGCUCCACGGGGCGCUGCAAGGUCGUCAAAAAGCGGGUGUUGCCGCGGAAACGGGGGCCGGCCAAGAGGGUGGCCUUCGGGUCGCAGAGGCGGGGCAACUUCACCACCGUCCCAAAGCCUCGCCCGACCCUGGACAAGAAGGCCGUCCUGAGGAGCCAGGUGCAGAACAUUCUGAGCGGCCGCUCCAGGUUCGUCAUCCGCAAGGACUCGGCAGGGGGCAGGAGGACGCAGACCUUCGCCCCCGAGGACACGGACUCCGGCAGGAAGCAGGACGCCGGGGAGGAAGUCACGGGAGACGGGCGCUCUGCGAGCCAAGGGGGCGGGCCCGCCAAGCCGGACCGACCGGCCGAGGGGGAGGGAGGUCCGGACGGAGUCAACUCCAGCGGGGUCAAAGGUGACUCCGGAGGAGAAAAGGGCAAACCCAAGUCCAAAAAGAAAGGGAAGGGCAAAAAGAACGGGAGGAAGAAGGGAAAAGGAAAGAAGUCCCAGCGAGACGCGAACGACAGGGACAAAAAGGCGCUGAAGACCUUUCUGGAGAAACUGGAGGGGAAAAGGAGGCUUAUGGUGAUCUCCGCGCCAGGUGAAAACAGCCCCGCGUACCUGCAGCAGAAGACCGAUAACCAACAGAACCACUGCGACCUCGCCCUGAGGAAGGUCUCCAUGGUAACCAUCCUGGGCCCAGAAAACAACAGCACACUCCACCUGCUCCACUACCUGCUGGAUGCAGAGCCUCCUUUCGAUGCGGGUCCAGAUAAACAGACCGACCCUGGCCUGAUUGGCCAGAUCCGGAAGGAAUACGGGAUUAUUCCCAAGGACUUCUCCUUAGUGCUGACUGACUAUGACCUGAGGUCAAAGAAGCUUUUCCAGUCACCCAUCUCCACCCCUCUGCUGAUGGACAACCUGGACUCCUUCCCGUCCAGAGAACCUGAGAUGAAAAGAGAGAAGAGCAAGCCUGCAGCCUGCCCCACACCUGGAGCACCAGGCGAGCCGGAGAACUCUUUACUCAGAUUCAUGUCUAAAAGGAGGCUUCUAAUCAUUUCCACCCCAUCUGAAGAUGACUACUCCUUCCAGCAGCAGCUGCAGGCCCUGAAUGGCCAAUCCUGCCAUUUGGGAAUACGCCAUUUCGCCCUGCUGAAGCUGGUGGGCGCAGGGUCAAUGGCUUCAGGCUCAGUGGAACUGCUUCCCCUGAAUGGUAAGAGUCAGUCGGAGCUGGAGCCCCUCACUGGUGACAUGGUGAACGGUUUGCGGGGACACCUGAAGAUCACGCGGGAGUACUUCAGCAUGCUGGUGGUGGGGAAGGACGGCGAGGUGAAGGCCUGGUUUCCCUCGCCCAUGUGGUCCCUGGUCAACGUCUACGACCUGGUGGACUCCAUGGAGCAGCGUCAGCAGGAGCAGCGCCUGCAAGGCACCCUGGGAAUCCAGUGCCCCGAGGACAGCAGCCGCAACGUCCACGGCUACGAGGACGAGGGCGAGGAGAGCUACCUGUACCGUAGGCCGGAGGACUGAGCGGGCAGCUGUGUGAACCCCACAGUGGGCGGAGCCAACGUGUGUCACUCACUGAUUUCAACCAAUCAUGGCAGUUAGUAAUGGACAGACCAAUCUGGUGGUUCCUUUAAACGCUCGCAGGUAGUUUUGAGCUCUCAGCAUUCAUUCCAGGCACCUGCCGCCCUCCAAGAGUGUGAUCCAAUCACCGCAAGACCCCGCCCGUGUUCAAACUGUUCUAACCGCAGUCCUGUGAAGCCUUGUCACUAGCCUUCCCUGCUUGGAGGUAUGCAGCCAAACUUAACCUCUCUUAGCUUAAGUAAAUUUGCGAAGACAAGAAUCAGAAAUUGUUUUGUUUGGUGUUUAGCAUAAUAAAUAUGAGCCAUGUGGGCGGGGUUUGCAGUGAUUGGAUCACACUCUUGGAGGGCGGGACAUGCCUCACAGACAGCAGCUGCCUGUCAGUCAAUGCUGAGAGCUCAAAUACAUCCAACACUCGCUUUAAACCAGGCGGCCACAUCUCACUUCCCGGAGGGCUGGUGUGUAUGUAGACUUUGUUCCAACCAUUACAUAACAGGCAUUCAGCAGACACUCUUAUCCAAAGCCAUUUACACAGGUUUUUAUUUUAUUUUUUAGCAUUUAUAGACCUGGAUAUUUACUGAAGCAAUUUAGGUCAUGUUCCUUGGUCAAGGUUACAAUGACAGUGUCCUACCUGGGAAUCAAACUUGCAACGUUUAGGCUACAAGGUCAGUGCAUUAUAAUAUACUACACUGCCGCCUUACCCAAAUUAUACUGGAUUCAUUUUCUGAAGAGCUGUGUGCAACAGUGCUAGUUCAUACCAUGACUUUAUCACACGUCAGAUAAAUAAACAAUAAAAAAACAAUAAUGGUAAUUAUAAAUUGUUAUUCAAAAUUGGCCCUCCUUGCACAGCCCUGGUUUAAAGAUUACACUGAGUAGCUCUGCUGAUUAUGGGGUUCCUCGAGCCUCUCUCGAUCAUGCCAUUCUAAGGGUGUCAGGAGGGUCCAAAAACCACAAGCUUCAGCUGAAAAUGUGAAAAGGCAUUUGGGUGUGUCACAUGUCCGUGAUAAUUACAUGUCCAGCUCUAACUAUGCUUUGGAUGAACAUGCAGUGCAUCUGUGAUUCUUCACUGCAACUGUCUUUUUCAGCCAAUCUCACGAUAUUAUCCAUUAUUUCAGAGAAAAAUUAAGAUCUUCCAAAAUAACUGAGAUUAAUCUGAGUCUCAUAUACACGAUCAUGUAAACUGCAUCGCUGCUGGUUUUCAGAGAGCACCCCAUGAGCCCUGUCCUUCCCCCAGAUGUGCAUAUUCCUGCAUUUACAUGGGCCUGCCCUCAGCGGAUUGGUGGCCACUUUUGAUGAUGCCUCUGUGUCCCAGUGGAACUCAUUGGUGGCAACUUUUGAUGAUGAUGACCCCUUUGUCCCAGUGGAACUCAUUGGUGGCCACUUUUGAUGACGAUGACCCCUGUGUCCCAGUGGAACUCAUUGGUGGCCACUUUUGAUGAUGAUGACCCCUUUGUUCCAGUGAAACUCUUGGGGGGCACUUUUGAUGACGAUGACCCCUGUGCCCCAGUGGAACUCAUUGGUGGCCACUUUUGAUGACGUCUCUGUGUCCCAGUGGAACUCAUUGGUGGCCACUUUUGAUGACGAUGACUCCUUUGUUCCAGUGGAACUCAUUGGUGGCCACUUUUGAUAACGUCUCUGUGUCUCAGUGGAACUCAUUAGUGGCCACUUUUGAUGACAAUGACCCUUUUGUUCCAGUGGAACUCAUUGGUGGCCACUUUUGAUGACACCUCUGUGUCCCAGUGGAACUCAUUGGUGGCCACUUUUGAUGACACCUCUGUGUCCCAGUGGAACUCAAAGGAAAGAGGGUGGAAGGUUCCAUGCACAUCAUCUAGUUUAUUUUAUAUUGAAAGGAAAAUAUUUUUGAUGUAUUGAUUUUAAAAUUCAAAAUGUCUGUGUAAAGGCUUGUAAAUUAAAAACUGUAAGCAGAUACAGUA